UUGAAGAGAGUUGGCAGCCUGCCUCUGGUUUGCUCUGUUUGUGACUUGGUGUCUUCAAACUACGUUUCCAUGAAAAGAAAAAAUUCCUAUCUUCAGACGGUGUGUGAUGGGGCAGAGAAAAGUGUGAAAUCCAUCACUGGAGCUGCAGUCAGCAGGGCACAGCCACUUUUGACCACACUUGAACCCCAACUUGCAACAGCCAACAAGUAUGCUUGUCGAGGCCUAGACACAGUAGAAGAGAAGUUGCCUAUUCUUCAACAGACGGCUGAUCAGGUUGUCUCUGAUACCAAAGAGUUGAUGUCUUCUAAAGUCACAGGUGCAAAAAAUGCUGUCAGUCGCAAACUAUCAGGGAUGGUGUGUAUGACCAAAGAUGCCAUGCAGGGUGGUGUGAAAACCACAACAUCCAUGGUGACUGGCAGUAUGAGUCUGGUGAUGGGAACAAGAAUGGGACAGAUGGCCAAGAACAGCGUGGAAGCGAUGCUGGGCAGGUCCCAUGCCUUCUUGGACCACUACCUCCUUGUUGCUGAUGAAGAUACAAUUGAAGUUAAAAGAUGUUACCAAACAAAACUGGGGAAUUCCAUGCAGCACGUACAGACACAGAUAGCAUGUGAUGGGUACUUGUCCUGUUUGAUUUCCCUGCUGAACAAGUUCCACCAUGCUGCUUCCAGGCAAUCUCAGCACCAUAUGAGGCAUGUAAGUCUCAACCUCCAAAGAGUACUUGAGAACCAGUAUCUGGAAUGGAAGGCUUGGCUGAUAGCCUUGUAUUACACAAUAACACUCCCACUGAGGACCAUCUACUUGAUCAUCUUGUUUACCAUUGAUGAAUUUUUGGCCACGAUGGUCGAGAAUGUUCCUCAAGCCACUUACAUCCUAGAAGAGCUCCAGCUGGCACUUACUACGAUCCGUUGCCUCCAGGAUCUGUGCCAAAGGAUUUUUACCGGAGUUUGGGAAAAAAUGUUGCAGGAGGAAAACUUGAAUGCCCUCUUGAACUACAUUGCACAAACCCUUCCAUUUUGCUUCUUAACACGCUACUGCAAAUUCAGAAGCUCCACAGAGAGCACCAUCCGGGCUCUGAAAACCAUGAAGAAGAUGCAAGCCUCCAAAGACAGCCUCCUCACACUGCAGGAAUCUGGAAGCGGCUACAUGGCAAUGGCCACUUGAGCCCUGGCUCUUAUUCUCCCAUAGAAGAUGAAAUUAUACAAAGUGUGGGCAUCUGACAUUUUAAGGGACUUGGUUCUUAGAUCACAUCCUUGGGAAACAGCAAUCUUGCAAU